UUGGAGACAUGGUGGUGUAGAGAGCAUGGCUGAGUCCUUGCAUGUGCCGGAGGCGGAGGGAGAGCCCUCCAGCGAGAUGCUGACGUCGAGCUAUUACGGCUACGAGUGCUUCCAGAACUACACAGCACCCGAGGUGUUCAUCCAGGGCUUGGCAGGCACCGUCAGCACAGAAGACACAGAGGCCAUCAUACGCGCUCAGAAAGUCAUGCUGCAGCGGUUCGAGAAGACCAACGCCAUGCUGACCAACUGCAAUGCGUUAUCGGCACAACGACUUCAGAACACUACAGUCGACUUCAAAAAACACGUUCAGAUGCUGACGGACAUGAAGAAGGACCUCAGUCAGAUCUUUGAACGUAUUAGGAAGCUGAAGGCCAAGCUGAGCAGCCAGUAUCCCAAACAGUUCGCGGACGCCGCCAACCGCGCCGCGCUGCCCGAGGAGGAGGAAGAGGUGGGCAUGGCGGCUGCAGCGCGUCUCAUCCACCAAUUCGUGAGCGGCACCAGCGUCUCGUCCACCAACUCGUGA